AUGGCUCAACUCACCAUUGAUAAUCUGCGCCGAACUGAAGAGGAUGGUAGUGAUACUUCCAGCUUGUCCUUGCUGUCACCAGUGCCUUCUGUCCAACAACAUCACAGCACCUCUGCCCGACACCUACCAUCUCAAUGUCCUGCUGGUGAGCUCAAAUUUGGGGCCAAUUCUUACAGAGAGGCUUUGGGUCAACUACUGGAACUCGAGCAGACUUCGUCUCUUCAGUAUCAAAUCUGUAUGCAUAACUCAGCAUAUGAUGGGCAUUUCUUCGUGUCUCAUUUCAUCAAAGGCUUGAAACUCGAAAUUGGUGCAGCCAUCAAAUCUCAAGUUCCUGACAAGGUUGACACAGCUUAUUGGCCAAGAUUCAGCAACAAGUUCGAGAGAGUGGCAGGUUCAAACUACCAUGGCCUACUCACACUGCUAAACUAA